AUGAUCAAGCGUCUUUCCGCUAGGUCCGUCCAGAGUCUGGCGGAGCUCAUCAUCGGCAACUCAUCAAGCUCUAUUCAGCUCGCACCAGAGGAGGCGCAGUUUGUCACCGAGGAAGGCCUGCCGCAUGCAAAGAAUACACUGGAAGCAAGACACUACAAAACCGACAAGUUCGCCGUGCAGUUACUCGCAUGCAUCAAAACCUUGCGUGUCCCUUCCUGGUCUGACCCCGCCAUCACGCCACAAGGGAUAAAGAUCCAGAAAGUCUCUGGCUCCAUGACAAACGCCGUCUUUUUUGUCUUAUAUCCAAGAUCCCCCGAGAUUCGUACUCUUUUGCUCCGGAUAUAUGGUCCAUCAUCCGGUUCACUCAUCUCCCGCCCCCGAGAACUCCACACACUCCACAUCCUUUCCUCAAAGUAUCAUUUGGGCCCAAAAGUGUACGGAACAUUUGAGAAUGGCAGGCUUGAGGAGUUUUUUGAGUCCACAACGCUGAGCUCAACUGAAAUGAGGGACAGAACCAUCAGUGCCUGGAUUGGAGCACGAAUGGCUGAACUUCAUUCUGUUGACAUAGAAGUCGUUGAGGAAACUUUGCCAGAGACCAGAGGCGAAGGUAAAGGCUGGGACCUCAGUGUCAAAGUGAACGUCAAAUCUUGGUUACCACUCGCCCAAGCUGUCUUGGCACUACCCAACGUCUCCGAAUCAUUGCGCAACGAGAUAGAUUUGGAAAGAUUCAGCAAGGAGUGGAAGGCGUAUCUGAAAUGGUUAGCCGCGGUAGACGAUGUCGAGAAUGGCAGUCGGCGAGUCUUUGCUCACAACGACGCCCAGUACGGGAAUAUUCUUAGACUGACAAACAUGCCAGGUGAAUGUGCCCCUCAUCGCCGAAUCAUUGUGGUGGACUUUGAAUACGCCGGCCCCAACACAGCAUCGUUCGACAUUGCGAAUCAUUUUCAAGAAUGGACCGCGAAUUAUCAUGGCCCAACUCCUCACCUCCUCGACCCUUCGCGUUACCCAAGCGAAGAAGAACAAGCCAAUUUUUGUGCAUCAUACAUCCAGCAUUCAAUCCAGACCCCGCUUAGCCAAUUAGAGCUCAAAGCUGCAGUUAACAAGCUUAAGGAUCAGGUCCGUUACUGGAGUCCUGCAUCGGCGGCGAUGUGGGCUGUUUGGGGUAUUGUUCAGGCGAGGGAGGAUGUCGAGGGGAAAGUUGAGGAACCCGAGUUCGACUACUUAGGUUAUGCCCUUGACCGUAUCAAGGGGUUCCGUCGUGAAAUCAGAAAAUUGGGUGUAUGCGUGCCCUGGAAUGACAUCUUUUGA